AUGAUGCUGGUGCGUAUGAACAUGAAGACAGUGCUGGGCGCUCUCUGCGUCGCAGUACUGCUCUUCACUCUAUUCUGGGGACACUGUGGUGAUUUCUCUAGAAGACCUUUAGGUUCAGUUCUGUCUGAGCAUGGUCACGGUGCAGAUGACAUUGAAUGCAUAAUUAACGGAGAGUAUUCAGUGUCAUGUCGGCGGGAUCGCGAGAGAGACGACGUAUAUGUGCCUUUCUCACUUGUACAUAAGUAUUUUGAGAUAUACGGUAAGAUAACUACAACGGACGGCGUUGAAAAAUUCGAAUGGUCGCACAGUUACGGCAAGAUAUACCAUCCUAAGAAGAAAUACGACCCGCGCGGCACAUUCACCACGUUUGAGAACUACAACGUUGAAGUACGUGACAGAGUGAAAUGCAUCAGCGGGAUCGAAGGAGUGCCGAUCUCUACUCAAUGGGACCCCAAGGGUUUCUUUUACCCCACCCAAAUAGCCCAGUUCGGUCUGGCCCACUACAGUAAGUUCCUGACCGAAGCCGAACCGAGACGGAGGAUCAUCGAUGAUGGCGAGAAACAUAUAGAGAAUUGGAUCGUCAGCAAAGAUGCCUUUAUGGUCAGGGAGUAUGACUCAGAAUCACAAACAAAUAUUCUAAGGUUUUCUACGUCAGACCACGUGUCGAGUCAAGUGUGGCUGAAAGUGAACAUUAGUCAGGAUUUCGUGCUGAGUGCCGAUGUGAUGAUGAAGCCCAACUCCUCGAUGACAGUUGUACUGCAGAAUAAGGAAAAGAAGGAAACCGUUUAUCUCCACUAUGUUGCGAGUACACAGCUUAUUUAUGCUCAAGAUGAUCACAUUUACUACGGCAUCGGCGUGGAACAGAAAUGGAGGAAGAUAACGAGAGAUCUCAUAAUCGACAUGCAGAAGGGUUGGAUCUUACAGGAUAGACCCAAACGGAGGUCUCCUAGGAAUAAAUUUAAGAUAUCAAGUGUAAUACUGAGCGGCACGGGCGGGCUGGACAACGUGACGGUGUCGUCCAGCGAGCACAUGGCGCAGUUCUACGCGGCGGCGAGCUGGCUGGUGCGGGCGCAGCGCGGGCGCGGCGGCUGGCCCGUGCCGGCGCGCCGCCGGGUGGCCGCCGGGGUCGCCGACCUCGCGCCCGGAUGGUACUCCGCGAUGAGCCAGGGCCACGCCAUCUCGGUGCUGGCGCGCGCGUACUCCCGCAGCGGUGACGUCACGUACCUGCAGGCCGCCCGCCGCGCGCUCUACGUGCUGGACGUGCCGAGCCACGCCGGUGGGGUCAAGGCCCUGUGGAUGGACAAGUUUGUUUGGUACGAAGAAUACCCAACGAAGCCUCCGCUUUUCGUUCUAAACGGCUUCAUCUACACGCUCCUCGGUCUCUACGACCUGCACGUCAUUGAAGGUGAGAACUCCAUGUCUCUAGCCAAGAAGAUGUUUGACGACGGAAUGACGUCACUCAAAACUCUAUUACCACUGUUCGACACCGGCAGCGGAAGCUUCUACGACCUGAGGCAUUUCACGUUGGGAGUCAGCCCCAAUAUAGCCAGGUGGGACUACCACGCCACCCACGUUAACCAGCUUUACCUUUUAGCUGGAUUGGACGAUGAUCCUAUACUACUGAACACGGCCAAAAGAUGGGAGGGAUACAUGCAAGGUAAAAGAGCAGCGCAUAACUGAAAUGUGGGUAGUUCUCUGGAUAAUUUUGUGGUGACCUUGUCUGUUUGAGCGGCGAGACUCAAUGAUUCUCGACUUUAAAGCCUUCGCAAUAAGGGCUCUUUCAGGUCUGAGGUUAUGCGAGAGGCCGUGACAAGUCAAAUUAGGGUGUACAGACGGUAUACCCAAAAAUCAAUAUUUUUGUAAGACUCAAUGUGCGAUAACAAUAAAAGGCGGUUUCAAAGACAUGGAAUGAUAUAAUUUAAUUUAAUUUAACUAUUUAUUAAGCACUUAUAUAUUGCCAAUAAAUAUUCGGUCUGGGUUUUAGUAUUAAGUUUUAUCAUAUCAAAAUGUAGCAUUCCAUUCAUAUUUGUUAACAGUAUUCGACAUUAAUAAUUUACCAUUUAUUUUAUUUAGUAAAUAUAAGAAGAACAACAGUAGAAUAACAAAAAAAUGUUGCCAGGUUACAGGUGUUAACAAAAUAUUUUAAAUUAGCAACAUUUGCGAUUUGAAAAUAUAAUGGCUCGACUGGACAAACCAAAUUCUUGAUGAAGCAUUCAUGAUCAUGAUCAUUCAUGAUCUCAUUUCGAAUAAACAUAUAGUUUUCAAACGAAAAAAGUGUCCUAAAUAUAAUUUUUUUUUACUGUGAAACUUAUGUGUCUUGAUAAUAUAUAUCUACCUUCCGUCGCUGCGGUUAUGUAGUCUAAUAUUUGAGUGACACUGAACCUUUUAAAAUGAAUUUUAGGCUUUACGUCACACGAAUAGCAUGGACACCGGUUCCCAAAUCUAUUAGCGUGGCAAUAAUAAUUUAUGUCGCUAUUAAGCUACAUUUUGAUGACCGCAUUAUAUAUCGCACCUUUAGAGUUGAAGUAGCUUAAUUAAACAAUUUUAAGAAAACGAGUUUUAUACUUCGAACCACUUAUAGACAUGUACUUUAACAGUUUAUAAAAUUAGACUGUCUCUUUUAGUUC